AUGGCCUCCCCGUCGUAUGCGAAUGUGCCAGUGCUAUUUUGUUUGACUGUCCUCGGGGGUGUUUUAUCGGUGGCCAUCUAUCGCCUGUUCUUCCACCCUCUCGCCAAAGUCCCCGGACCCAGACUAGCCGCGCUGUCGCGACUGUACGAUUUCUACCAUGAUUGUAUCUUGGGCGGCAAAUUCAGUUUCAAGAUCGAAGAGCUCCACGACAGAUAUGGGCCUAUCGUCCGAAUUGGCCCAAACGAGGUGCAUGUUCGAGAUCCCGAUUUCUUCGACGAAUUCUACAAUGUUACCAGCCGGCUUGAUAAAGACUCGUGGUAUUAUGCCUUUGUAGCUUCACAAGAUGCCGGGUUCGGCACCGCCAAUGUCGACCUGCACAAAGCACGAAGGAAGGCCAUGAGUCGAUUCUUCGCUUCGUCGGCCAUUUCUAAUCUCGAAUUGUCGUCGAGGGAAAAGGUGGCGAAGCUAUGCAAACGAUUGAACGACAUGCGCGACGAAGGUAAACCUGUCAACAUGUCCAAUGCGUACCGUUGUCUGGCAGCCGAUUCUGUCACCGACUACUGCCUACCCAAAGGUUUCAAUUUACUCGACUCCAUCGACUUCGCCGACGACUACAACAAGCAGUCUCGGACCAUCUCGUACAUCGCCGUAUGGCAUCGUCACAUCCCCAUCAUCAUCCCGCUCUUCAUGCGAGUGCCUAAAUGGUUCGUGGAGGCGACUUCCACGGAGGGCGGGAAGAUGGCCUUUGAGUUCCAGGCUGAUUUGGCCCGUCAAGCAGGAGACAUUGUGCACAGCGAGAAGAGAAGCGACAAAUCGGUGCUUGACGGUAUCGUGAACUCUGACGCGAUCCCGGAGAGCGACAAAACCGUUGACCGUAUCACUCAAGAAGCGCGAACCCUCGUUGGGGCGGGCACCGAGACCACGGGCAUCUCCCUCGAGACCAUCACUUUUCACGUUCUUGCAAAUCCUGGGGUGCUUGCAAAGCUGAAGCAAGAAUUGGCCGCAGCAGCAAGGUCAUCUGCGCCAGGGUCCGAGGACCCAUUGACCACCUACAGCGUGGUUCAUCGCCUACCAUAUCUAACUGCGGUUAUCAACGAGGGCCUGCGUCUCGGUAAUGGUGUCUCUGGACGACUCGCACGGGUCAACCCUCGCCACACAUAUACUUAUCAGUCGUACGUUCUACCGCCAGGAACAGUCAUCAGCAUGUCAAUCAGGGAUAAUCAUAUGUCGGAAGAUAUCUUUCCAGACGCUCUGACAUUCAAUCCCGACCGUUGGUUGGUCAAGGGAGAAGAGCAGAAAAGGCUGGAGAAAUAUUUUGUGCCCUUUGGUCGAGGCGGAAGAAGUUGCAUCGGCAAAGAGCUCGCAUUGAUGAAUCUGUAUCUCACCAUUGCAAGCUUCUUCCACAAAUUCGACGCAGAGAUCUUUGAGACGAGAAGAAAAGAUGUGGAAAUUGAGCAUGACUUCUUCUCCCCCUUCCCUGUGGCGGAAUCAAAAGGGCUAAGGGUGAUGCUCAAGUGA